UUUGGAUUUUAUUGAGGAAGUAACUUGGUGUUCUUUGAAUGUUGGUGUCGGAUAAAGUUGAUAAAUCAUUGGUAAAACCUCAUUCUAACAAUCAGAUGUUUACUUUGGUAGUUUAGUGAAGACGCUUAACACAACGAUUCACUGUUUACAUCUGGAAAAGACGACAGAAAGCUGUUAUACAGAAGAAUUACAACUCUGUUUCUAUAAAUUCGUCAUUGAGCUUGUGCAAAAUAUUUCUUCUGAGUGAGACAUUUCCCUUCAAUGUCUGGAAGGUAUACAAGAUGAUUUUGUAUUCCAGUUAAAUGUGGACAGAUUUACAAAGGAGUUUGCUAAUCUGGAAAUAUUGCAGUGUAAAUAUUUUGUUCUUCACUGGAAAUAUUGCAGUAUAAAUAUUUUGAUCGCAAAGCAGUAAAAAUAUCCAUAUUGUCAUUAGAAAAGAAAACUUAUAGAAGAAUGAAUUUUCCUGAUGAAUUGUCAAAGGAAGUGGGAAAAUCAUCAUAUUCCUGUGAUAUCUGUCACAGGACAUUCUCUCAAAAAGGUAGACUUGCUACUCAUAAAUGUAUUCACACAGGAGAGAAACCAUACAACUGUGAUAUCUGUGGUAAAUCAUUCACUGUGAGAAGGAACUUUACUGAACAUAGCCAUAUACAUACAGGAGAGAAACCACAUAACUGUGAUAUCUGUGGUAAAUCAUUCUCUAGAAUUCGUACUUUAAUUACCCAUAAACGUGUCCACACUGGAGAAAAACCAUAUGAAUGUGAUACCUGUGGUAAGUCAUUCUCUGUCAGAAGUCAUUUAGCUGAUCAUGUACGUACUCAUACAGGUGAAAAACCGUAUCACUGUGAUAUCUGCAAUAAAUCAUUCUCUUGUACUAGUAGCCUAACUCGCCAUAUACGUAUCCAUACAGGAGAGAAGCCAUAUCAGUGUAAUAUUUGUGGUGACUCAUUCUCUGAAACGGGUAAUUUGACUAAACACAAAUACAUUCAUACUGGAGAGAAGUCUUAUUACUGUGACAUCUGUGGAAGAGCAUUUUUUCAAAGAUCUCAGGUAAAUUCUCACAAACGUAUUCAUACACGUAAAAAACCAUAUCACUGUGAUAUCUGUGGUAAAUCAUUCUCUUAUGGAACAGGAUUAACUGUUCACAAACGUAUUCACACAGGAGAAGAGCCAUACAACUGUGAUACCUGUGGUAAAUCAUUUUCUCACACAAGUCAAUUGACAAUACACAACAGACGCAUUCAUACAGGAGAAAAACCAUAUCAGUGUGAUAUCUGUGGUAAAUCGUUCACUGCUGGAGGUACAUUAGGUAUUCACAAGCGUAUUCAUUCAGGGGAGAAGCGAUAUCAUUGUGAUAUCUGUGGUAAAUCAUUCACUUAUACAGGUACAUUAACUGUUCACAGGCGUAUUCAUACAAAAGAGAAACCAUGUCACUGUGAGAUCUGUGGUAAAUCCUUCACUGAUGGAAGUGCAUUAGCUUCUCAUAAACGUAUACAUACAGGGGAAAAACCAUAUCACUGUGAUAACUGUGGUAAGUCAUUCUCUCGUAGUUACGACCUAACUAGACAUGUACGUUAUCAUACAGGUGAGAAGCCAUAUCAGUGUAAUAUUUGCAGUAAAUCAUUCUAUGAAUCAUGUAAAUUAACUAAACACAAAUACACACAUACAUGAUGAAAUCCAUGUCACUGUGAUAUUUGUAGUAAAUCAUUCAUGCUAGAAUUCAUAUCACUGUAAUAUCUGUGGUACUCCUGUCAGUAGCAUCUCUGUAUAUACUCACCAACACUUCGAUGCUGACAGGAAAUUGUAUCACUGUGAAAUCUGGGGUAAAUUUUCUCAAAAUAGUGAUCUAACUACACAUAAGUAUUGAUUAAAAAAAAUAUCUAUUCUGGUAACUCAUUCUCUGUAACAAAUGACUCCCCUACUCAGAAACAUACACUUUGUGAAGUUAGUGGCAAAUGGACAGUCAUCAGCACUCAUGUCAUCAGGGAUAUGACUGCAUCUCUAGUGCUGGCUCCACAAUGUAAUCUAUCCAGUACACAGAAAUUGAUUGUGGUAGGUAGGGCUGGCAGUCUUAAGAAGCAUGCACGAAAUGAAAGAUAUUGGUGAAAUGUUCCUCCUGGCUCAUCUAACAUGGAAUGGACUUGUUUUGGGUUUUUUUAUGGUAGUAAUAAAUGAUUCAUUAAAAAUAUUGCAUUGGUUAUUGAUUUGGGGUAAUGAAAAUAAAUUGUGUUUUAGAAGGAUCAAA